UAGAAAACCAAGUGUGCAUGUAGAAUCACCUUUGAAUAAACAUAUCAUCAAACCCGAAGGUUGAAGCCUAUUGUGUGGUGAAACGACUUCAGUGAAUUUACUACAUGUGGACACAAAACAGACACCACUCGAUAAUCAUAUCUUCCCAAAAUUUUCAUUUAGAAUGCUCCUACCUUCUCCACCAUACUUUUAUUCAAAUCCCUUCUUCAUUCAUCCACAAUAAUUUCCACUUCUUCGACUCCACCCACUCUUUGCUUCUUUCUACAACAAUCCUUCAUUUUCAAUCAACAAAAACUACUUCAGAUUCUAAUUAAAUUCAGCAGCUUUCUGGUUAAUUCGUCAUCUUUCCACAUGAAUGUGAAGUGGGUAUUCAUCUAAAAUCCCAGAAAACGUGUUUUUCAGUGUUCGAUUGAACAUACACGGUUUUAUUUUUCUUCCAUUUUCACAUAUCAUGUCUGCUGCCAUGAUAGGAGUGAUUUCCCCUAAUUCCGAGGUGUGUAGUGGAUUGGGUUUCUUGGAAACAACAAGGGUAGUAGAUCCAUUAAGAUUUUUAACGAAAGAAAAGGGGUUUUUUAGGGGUGAAAGAAUCAAGAAUGCUGGUAGGAAGCAUAAGUGUUAUUCUUACUUUGGUGAAUUGGGUUUUUUGGGUUCCAGAAAAUUCGAUAUGGUUUCGAGGGUGGUGGCUAACGCUUCUGGGGAUUUGGCGAUUUCAUCGGAGCAAUUGGUUUACGAUGUCGUUUUGAAGCAAGCAGCUUUGGUUAAAGAACAGAUGAGAUCCAGAGAAGAUAUGGAGGUGAAACCAGAUAUUGUUCUUCCUGGAACACUUGGAGUAUUGAAUGAAGCUUAUGAUCGAUGUGGUGAAGUUUGCGCUGAAUAUGCCAAGACUUUUUAUUUAGGAACAUUGUUGAUGACACCCGAGAGGCGAAAAGCUAUAUGGGCGAUUUAUGUAUGGUGUAGAAGAACCGAUGAACUCGUCGAUGGGCCUAACGCAUCACACAUAACUCCAAAAGCAUUAGAUCGAUGGGAAUCAAGAUUAGAUGAUCUUUUCAAUGGUCGCCCUUUUGAUAUGCUUGACGCUGCUUUAUCAGACACCGUUUCAAGGUUUCCUGUCGACAUUCAGCCUUUUAAGGAUAUGAUAGAUGGAAUGAGGAUGGAUCUGAAGAAAUCAAGAUACGAGAAUUUCGAUGAGCUUUAUUUGUAUUGUUAUUAUGUCGCUGGAACUGUUGGAUUGAUGAGUGUUCCAAUUAUGGGAAUCGAUCCUGAAUCUUUCGCAUCAACUGAGAGUGUUUAUAACGCUGCUUUGGCUUUAGGGAUUGCUAAUCAACUCACUAACAUCCUUAGAGAUGUGGGAGAAGAUGCAAGAAGAGGAAGAGUGUAUCUACCACAAGAUGAACUAGCAAAAGCAGGAUUAUCAGAUGAUGACAUAUUUGCUAUGAAAGUAACCGAUAAAUGGAGGAUUUUCAUGAAAAAACAGAUUAAAAGAGCAAGAACAUUCUUUGAUCAGGCGGAAGAAGGUGUUACACAGCUGAGCUCCGCUAGUAGAUGGCCUGUUUGGGCAUCACUACUAUUGUAUCGACAAAUCCUUGAUGAGAUUGAAGCAAAUGAUUAUAAUAACUUUACGAAAAGGGCGUAUAAAGUUGGGGUCAAAUUAACAUCAUGUGAUCGGAGGGUUUUGAGAGAUGGAUUAUUCAUAUUCAUCGGAAGACGAUAUUUUUUUCACGACAUUCGUUCAAGUUCUAGCAAACAUUGUCCACCAUCAAGAGAAAAGUGCGGUUCCAUGAACGAAAAUGGCAACAAAAUAUAGAAUUCGUGAGGUUGUGCAUGAACGUUGGGUUCACGAUUACCUUACCGAAGAUUGGUUAUAUGAUGCUAAAGACUUCAAAUGGUUGUUUGAGUAGAAGAGUGUUCCUAUGGAUAGCUAACGACUUGCAACGCGAAAAUGAUUUUUUUUUUCUAUUGCCAGGCGAAAGGUGUUAUUCAACUGAGUUUCGCUAGUAGAUGGCCAGUAAACUUCUUGAACCAUCUUAGAAACAACACCAUUAUGAAAAAUCGUCUUUUUUUUUUUUUUUUGGGGGGGGGGUUAACACAAGAAAUAUCAACAUAGUUCCAUUUCUCUAUGUAUUUUAGCAUCCUACUUCAUUUAUUUUU